CGUUUAAUUUAUUGCAUUUUGCUUCCUGGUGUCGGACUCUGAACUCUGGGCAAAAGACUCUGCGAGGCUGGACGGUGGAGGGACUUUUCAGGGGCGCGCAGGGACCGCGAUGGCAGCGCCACACAGCUGGGCCACCAAACCGAAGGCCACCGUGCCGCCCCAUUAUUAUUCGGGGUUCCUGGAGAAGAGGAACGCCUGGGAAAAGGAGUACAAAAAAUAUUGGGCAGGUCUCCGAGAACUGAGUCUCUAUUUCUACAACACCAGCAGAGAUGCCCAGCACGUUGAGAAAAUUGACCUGGCUGAUUUCCUGUCCGUUGCUGAUGAAAACCCCCCACGAACUGUGGCGGCCUGGCCCACGGACGGGGUGGGACUGAACCUAAAAACGCGAAGCCAGGAAGUGAAACUGAAGAUGGAAAGCCUUGAGUCGCGAGAGCUAUGGAAAGGUUUUAUUCUCACGGUUGUGGAGAUGAAAGUCCCAACCACCCUAAGUUUGCUCCCUGGGCACUUCUGCAUGUUGUCUGAAGCACUCGAGAAGGAAAAGGAACGUCGAUCCAAAGCUGACAUGAGAGUCGAGAAGCCGCUUCCAGACUGUUUCUUUAAGGUCUCCAGGACGGAGGCCGAAGUCCUUCUGGAGAAGAACGAAAACUGUGGGAAUAUGUUGCUACGGCCAGGAGGGGAUGGCAAGAGCGUCUCUGUGACCACCCGGCUGAAGGCGAACGGGAUCGUGUCUAUAAAGCACUAUAAAAUCAACCUGACCGAUGGAGAAUACAUCAUUGAUGUUGAAGAGCCGUUUCGCUGCUCAUCGCUUGACAAGGUGGUGGAAUUUUUUGUAAACAGCAGCAAGCGCAUUCUGGUGCCCCUAUCUCUCGACGAGAGCUACUCCAUGACUCUAGAGAUCAUGGAGACGGAUAAAGAAAGUGGAGAGACUGCCCUGGUGGCCCCGCGCAUGCCCGGUAUCCUGCCACGACCCCCAAGAGCAGGUGCAGCCAGAGAAGGAAAGAAUUCCCAGUCUCCGAAAGGCUUGCUUCCCCCUCCGCCAUUCCAACCCGCAAUUCCCGCACGGACUUCCAAGCCUGAGCAUGUCUAUGAGGCCGAAGAUGUCCCAGACCAGACGUACGUGAACGACGAAGAUGUUGCUGAGAUGAGACAGACCAAGCCAUUCAAAGAGUUUAAAGCUGUCCCUGUAUUCCCGACUCCCGGCAAAUCUCCCUGUGGACCCAGCCCCAGGAAAACUGGACAGGCGCUCCCUUCUCGCCUAGCAAUGUCAUUACCUAGAAGUUUUUCUACUGGGAUGACCGAGGAACUGGAACGCAAACUUCAGGAACGGAGGGCGACGCUUCAGGAAGACUGAGCUGUCUGCACCUCUCACCAACGGGCCAAGCAAAGGACAGGGCAGCCGGUGAUCCACUCUGGAAGGCUGCCGGCCAGAGAUUUCAUGGUUUUCCUGCACAAGUCUUCCUCUGCUCCGUGUCACAGCGUGAUCUCGCAGCUGUCCGUCCUUCCCAGAACUGUCCUCUUGCUUCAAUAGAGGCGGCUGUUUUACCCAUCGCCGGGAACCAAGUUGAAAAUAUCCACCUCCCUGCCACCCAGCGCUGUUUGAAAAAGGGUGAAGGGUGCUCUUAAGAGGCUAAAAACUUGCACAAUGCCCGUUUUCCAGCUCUCCCUGAGCUGUUGCGAUGCUCCUGUCGGAAUUGCAGAGAGGGCCGGCUUUCUGAAAGGGCGGUUGCAAAGGAUAGACUAGGCCAGUUUGUUGGCGGCUGCGAAGGGGAGCAUGUUAUAGGAGGAGCAAGGAGCCAUUUCUUUGCCACAUUCCAUUUUGCGCAACUAUGCAGGGAGUCACCUGCUGCAGGUAGGCAGAGGUAAACAAGAACGCAGCAAUGAACGGAUGGAAAUUUUACCUUUUUGCGGUCGUCUCCCCCUCCCCCAUGCACAUUCAACUCACUGGAGGUCCUCUAAAUAAUAUAAAUGGGCGAUCUCUUGCAGCAUAAGGUGCCUUGUUGUUGUUUAGUCGUUUAGUCGUGUCCGACUCUUCGUGACCCCCUGGACCAGAGCACGCCAGGCACUCCUGUCUUCCACUGCCUCC